GCUCACCCAACCACGACAACCCCACCCAACUCUACCCGCAUAUCUCUUCCUCCCUCUCUUCCCCCUCCUCUCUCUUUCUUUCUCUCUCUCUCUCUCUUUCAUUCAUCCUCUCCAUCCUCUCUCCAUCGCUCGCUCGCUCUCUUCUUCACAUACACACCACACCAUGUUUUCCGCCCCAAAGAUGAGCCUCGCCAAGGUCGCCGCCAGGGCCUUCGUCACUCCAUUGACCGUUCGCACCUUUGCCUCGUCCGCCGUUGCCCGCAACGUCAGCAUCAACCUCCACGAGGGGUCCUUCGAGGCUUACAACUGCGAUGUUCCUUCGCUUGACGUCAAAAUCUCCAAAGAGGAGCUUAUCAGGAUGUACAAGAGCAUGGUCACCAUGAGACGUAUGGAAAUGGCCUCCGACGGUCUCUACAAGGCUAAGCUUAUCCGUGGUUUCUGCCACUUGUGCACUGGUCAGGAAGCCGUUGCCGUCGGCAUGGAGACUGCCCUGACUGAGGAGGACAAGAUCAUUACCGCUUACCGCUGCCACGGCUUCACUUACAUGCGUGGCGGUUCCAUCACCUCCAUCUUGGCUGAGCUUCUUGGGCGCAAGGCUGGUAUCUCUGGCGGAAAGGGUGGCUCCAUGCACAUGUUUACACCCAACUUCUUUGGAGGCAACGGUAUUGUCGGUGCCCAGGUUCCUUUGGGUGCUGGUAUUGCCUUUGCUCAAAAGUACCUCGGUCACAAGGCUGCCACCUUUGCCCUCUAUGGUGACGGUGCCUCCAACCAGGGACAGGUCUUUGAAGCCUACAACAUGGCCAAGCUGUGGGAUCUCCCCGCUGUCUUUGUCUGCGAGAACAACCGCUACGGAAUGGGAACUGCUGCCAACCGCUCCUCUGCCAACACCCAGUACUUCAAGCGCGGUGAUUACAUCCCUGGUUUGAAGGUCAAUGGUAUGGAUGUCUUGGCUGUUCACCAGGCCUGCGCCUACGCCAAGGAAUGGACUUCUUCUGGAAAGGGUCCUCUUCUGCUCGAGAUGGAGACCUACCGCUAUGGUGGCCACUCCAUGUCCGAUCCCGGUACCACCUACCGUACCCGUGAGGAGAUUCAGCACAUGCGUUCUAACAACGACCCCAUCACCGGGCUGAAGCAGCGUCUUUUGGAGUUCAAUGUGGUCACUGAGGAUGAGCUGAAGGCCAUCGAUAAAGCUGCCCGCGCCGAGGUCGAUCAGGCUGUCGAGGAGUCCAAGGCCUCGCCUGAGCCCGAUUUGGAUAGUUUCUGGACCCAUGUCUACCAGAAGGAGGCCGGUAUUCCCUUCUUGCGUGGACGUGAGCCCGAGGAGUCCCACCGUUAUUAAAUUGUGGGGGAAACAGGACAGAGGAGGAUCAAUGAAGCGCGACGUCAGUGUCAACAAUUAUAGCUAGAACAAUCCGGGUGCUUAUUAGCAUGCACACAUAGUACAUAUCAAACAUUUUUUUUUCAUGAACCAUUCAUCAACGCCAUUCCUCGG